CCUCCAUCCGUAGUUGAAAGGGAUACUCACACUGUCGAGUGACUUUUGAAUAUGAACUCGUCGCUUGUCGUUCCAUAGAAAUGCAGGCCAGAGAGAAAUUACAGAUGGAAACACCACCGUCGCUUUCCUGUCCUUCAACGCCUCGAUGGAACGUUGAGAGGCCCUUCCUCACCGGCCGUUUCCUCCAGGAAACAAAAGGAAUCUCGAGGCUUGCUGAUACAAAGGGACUAUCCUUAGAUUCCUUUAGCAGCCCGGGAAUGGACAAGGCCAUUGGCUGUUAUGAUACCGCAGUUCAGGAACUUAUUGUCAUCGACGAUCUCAUGUCUGCUUUAAUUGGAAUUGAAGGACGAUAUAUUUCGAUCAAAAGUGUCCAUGGAAUGGAGGAUUGCAUUACUUUUCAGGUUGAUGCUUCAAUGGAUUUGGCACUCCAGGAAUUAGCAAAACGGGUGUUUCCUUUAUGUGAGAGCUAUCUACUGAUUGACCAAUUUGUGGAGUCAAGGUCACAAUUCAAGAAUGGUGUAGUUAAUCAUGCAUUUGCUGCCGCACUCAGGGCACUUCUUCUAGAUUACCAGGCCAUGGUAGCACAGCUUGAACACCAAUUUCGACUUGGAAGACUUUCCAUACAUGGGUUGUGGUUUUACUGUCAGCCCUUGAUGGGUUCCAUGCAAGCAUUAUCUACUGUGGUAAAGAAGGCUUCAGCAAAUAAUUGUACAGGUUCUGCAGUCCUUAACCUCCUGCAGAGCCAGUCAAAGGCCAUGGCUGGUGAUAAUGCAGUGAGAUCAUUGCUAGAGAAGAUGACACAAUGUGCAAGCAAGGCUUAUCUUGGCAUAUUAGAGAGGUGGAUCUACGAAGGAGUCAUUGACGAUCCUUAUGGUGAAUUUUUUAUUGCUGAGAACAAAUGUCUUCAUAAGGACAGCCUUGCACAGGACUAUGAUGCUAAGUAUUGGAGGCAACGAUAUAGCCUUAAAGAAGGAAUUCCGGGCUUCCUUGCAAAUAUUGCUGGAACAAUAUUGACCACAGGGAAAUACUUAAAUGUUAUGAGAGAAUGUGGGCACAAUGUUCAGGUCCCUUCCUCAGAAAAUUCCAAAUUGAUGAGCUUUGGCUCAAACCAUCAGUAUCUUGAAUGCAUAAAAGCAGCUUACAAUUUUGCAAGCAGUGAGCUCUUAAAUCUCAUUAAAGAAAAGUAUGAUCUAAUGGGAAAGCUGAGGUCUAUAAAGCAUUAUCUUCUUCUUGAUCAGGGUGAUUUUUUGGUUCAUUUCAUGGAUAUAGCUAGAGAUGAGCUUACAAAAAAGCUUGAGGAAAUUUCAGUGGAGAAGCUUCAGUCUCUUUUAGACCUUGCUUUGCGUACCACAGCAGCUGCAGCAGAUCCAUGUCACGAGGACUUGACAUGUUGUGUGGAAAGGACUUCUUUGCUUAAAACAUUAGGCACGCUGAAAGAUCUAGAGACAAGGGCUUUUUCAGAUGAUAAUGGUACAGAGGAGCCAAUGAGCAUUACAGGACUUGAGACAUUUGCUUUGAGUUACAAGGUUCAAUGGCCUUUGUCUAUAGUUAUUUCAAGGAAAGCCCUAACAAAAUAUCAGUUGAUUUUCCGCUUCCUGUUCCACUGUAAACAUGUUGACCGCCAGCUUUGUGGGGCUUGGCAAGUACACCAAGGAGUUCGUGCCCUGAACCUGCGAGGAACUGCCAUCCCUAGAUCAGCUCUGCUUUGUCGGAGUAUGUUGAAAUUCAUAAACAGCCUUCUACACUAUCUAACAUUUGAGGUUCUUGAACCGAAUUGGCACAUGAUGUGUAAUAAAAUGCAGAAUGCCAAAAGUAUAGAUGAGGUUAUCCAGUAUCAUGAUUCGUUCCUUGAUAAAUGUCUCAAAGAAUGCUUGCUGCUUUUACCAGAACUACUCAAGAAGGUGGAGAAGCUGAAAUUACUGUGCCUGCAGUAUGCAGCUGCAACUCAGUGGUUGAUAUCGUCUUGUAUUGAUAUUCCAAAGGUGGAGGAAGUCUCUGAUGCUUCACUCAUGUCAGACAAGUCCAAGCAAUGGAGAUCAAGAAGCUUAUCUCUGGCACUAAACAAGACAACUCAGAAUAUAACAGUCACAGAGUCCAUACUCAAAUUUGAGAGGGAAUUCAAUGCUGAACUUCAGAAUCUGGGACCAAUCUUGAGCAGCAAUUCCCAAGCAGAACCAUAUUUGACUCAUCUUGCACAGUGGAUACUUGGCAUCAGAAACGACCAAUAAAAUUUAGUAUUGUUUGUCUAAUCAUUGAUAUGAGUUGGUGUGUGAAUACAUUUUCCACUUUGCGUUUUGUACUGCAGGUUUUCUAGUUAUUAUCGUGUGGAGAGCGGAAUGUCGAUUCUCUGUUGCAUCUUGGGAUUCCAUCUUUGCUUUGAUAUUGUAAAGUUUGCUUGCAGCCUCAAGGAUAGCGUAAUGAUAUCGUUGGUUUAGGUUCCAACGUAGUCGAUUUUUGUGCA